CAUGUCCCUUAAUUCACAAUUCCCAAAGCAAGUCCCAUUCUUACCUGGUCAUGUCUUCUCAGAUCCCUUCAAAGAAAAUCAUCAUAAAACUCAGCAAUUUUCACACAUCAAUGGCACUGUACAAGAGAAAACUAACUUCAUCCAUGAAGAAUUUGAUCCAAACCUAAUGGAUUCAAUGAAAUUCAAUGCUCCUCCAAAUCUAACUUAUGGAAGUAGACAACCACCAGAAAAUGAUUACAUUCCUCGCAUCUAACCACCAUGGUUGAAAUAUGAUCGAGCUGUUUUACGUUUUUAUGGUUACUUCCAAGAAUCUGUUGUUGAAAAUCCUAACGAGAACUUUAGAAUUAGAAAAGUCAUCAUUUAUUACUAUUUAUCAGAUGGAACAAUACAUGUGACAGAAGUACAUUAUAUUAAUAAUUAAUUUAUAGCCAAGAGUACCUAAUGCUGGAAUCCCUUAAGGUCUAUUUAUCAAAAGAUAGAAGAUAACUAAAAAAUUGGGUAAACAAGAUUUCUACAAAUGGGAGGAUUUUCAAUUAUGCUCUAAUAUAAAUUUUUAUGAAAGAGUAUAUAUUCAAAAUUUUAUUUAUCUAGGUCUUUAGAAUUUAAGAUUGUGAUACAUUCACUAGAGAAUUUUAUGAAUAUAUGGGUAAACCAUUGAAUUUACCAGAACAAAUGCCAAGAGAUAAUUUUGAAAACAUACGAGAAACUAAAGAGCUUAAAAUCAAUCCACCUGAUACCAAAGAAUAUAAAGAAUAUUUUGAAGUUAAAUUAGGAGGAGGACAUCCUAAUGGAGGACUUAAUAAAUAUUUAUAAAAUGAUAGAAAAGUCUUAUCUUUUGAUAUUAUAUGGGAUGAUGCAUCCAUUGAAGGCUAAUUAAAUUAUUACACAUUAAACUUUUACUUGGCUGAUGAUACAUGUGAAGUCAAAGAAGUUAGAAAAUAGAAUUCAGGAAAAGAUCCUUAUCCAUUGAUGUUGAGAAGACAAAAGAUUCCUAAGGCUCCCAUUCUUACUCAUUAUCCAGGAAUGACUCUUAAAAAAGAAGAAUUUUACAGUCCUCCUGAUCUUAUUUGUGGGAACACAGUUAAGAUUUAUGGUAGAGAAUGCUUUAUUUAUGGAUGUGAUGAUUUCACUAAAGAAUAUUACUUAAAUGUAUUAGGAAUCCAAUAAAAGUAAAAUAUAUAAAAUUUAUAUAAGACCUGCCACAUUAAAAUAAGAGAGAGGCAAAAAGUUUUAUCAACCUGUUCCUCCUUAUAAUGGUUAUGGAUAUGAAGAGGAUUCUUUAGGAUCUGUCUAUUCUUUAUAGCCUAAACCACCUAAGAAGGAUGUCAGAAAGAAUUUCACUUAAGAUCAAUUCAUCCUCAGAUUUGAAGCUAGAUAAAUCAGUGAGGUUAGAGAGGAGAAUUCAAGAAGAUUUAUAAUAUCAUUUUAUUGUGGUGAUGAUACUGUCUAAGUAUAUCAAACAUCUGAAAGGAAUAGUGGAAUUUGGGUAUAUUUAUAUGAUUAUUUUAAUAGGGUGGCAAAUUUUAAGAGAGAUCCAGAUAAAAGAAUCCAUUAACUAAUGAUUAUUAUACUGAAAAGGUAUUUACUUUAAGCUUUAAUUUAAGGAUUUCUAAUUGGGUGGUAUUGUUUAAUUUAAUGUUUACAAAUUCUAAUUGAUGAGAGCAGAUGAAUUCACAAUUAAUUACAUGAAACAAAAAUCAGACGUUUUCAAAGAGGCUGACAUUUCUUAAAUCAUAGCUAAAUUAAGAUUAUUUGCAGAUGGAUAUCCAAAUUUUGAUAGUUUCUUGUUGGAUUUGAUGAAGUAUUAUAUGUUAUUAACAUAAAUAGGAAAUUGGAUAAAUAACUUAAAGGAUACAUUGAUUUUGAAGAAUUAUCAUAAGGAUUAUAAGAAUUAGGAUUUAAUUUAACUUUGUAAGAGCAAUAUUUCUUGAUGAGAGAAUUUGAUAGAAAUGGAGAAUGGAAAUUAUGUAUGCAAUCAUUAUGGGAAGCAUUGGGAGGCAAAAGAGCUUGAUU